AUGGCAGAGCUGCACGACAUAAUCUGUGUCUACUUCUUGAAAAUCAACAUUACAACUAUAUUGGCCGCCCUGAACAACUUUUAUCAGUACAACGCUUUUGUAUCGAUUGUGAACGGUGUUAUACACGCUGGACUCACUGGUCUGGAUGUUGUGUUGUGUGCCGGUUUUGCAUGCGGUCCGGCGUCAAUUUUCCAUGUCAGGACUGUGGAUUUGUUUUUCCUAAUCGUUCUUGUUUUGAUUACCAUUUAA